AUGACAACCUCCUUCGCUUCCUUACCGAUUGUCGACCUCAGCAUCCUCAGCCAGGAAGACCCCAGCCCUUCCGCUCUCAACGUGUUGAGCAAGAAGCUCUACAACGUCCUCUCAACCACCGGCUUCGCAUACUUGGUCAACAGUCCCGUCACAUACACCCACGAAGAAGUCUUCGGCCUCGCCAGCAAUCUAUUUAACCUACCAGAUCAUGGGAAAUGGAGACUCGCAAAGAAGACCUUUAACCCCGAGAACUCCAACACCUAUCGAGGCUCCUUCCCGCCACAGCUCGGCCACUCCAACAAUCUAAAGGAAGGCUUCGAGAUCGGAUCACCCUCUGCACAGAGCACAAAGCCUCCCACAAAAUCGCAACAAGUCAAUCUUGCCGAGCCCAACGUCUGGCCUGAAAAAGGUCACUUUUCCUUCGCCAGCCGCCAUCACCUCGAGUCCCUCCACACCCAACUCCAAGCCCUCUCCUCUCACCUCCUGGCCCUCCUCGCGCGUUCUCUCGAUAAGCCAUCAGAUCACUUCGCCCACUACUUGACCAAUUCCCUAUCAACACUACGACUGCUCCACUACCCACCGCAAACUAUGUCGCACAGCAGGGAAGACGAUAUGGAAGCAAGCCUCUGCUGCACUCCCCACCUGGCCUCCUGA